AUGAAUGAACGAAUCUUGUCUGGGGUUCUGAGUGAGCUUGCUUAUAAAGUCAGGAAGCGUUCUGUGGGAGUGGCAGACGGCGAUGAAAAUGGUUUUGUACCAACCUCUGAGAUCAUCGCUGUAGAAGAAACUGAACCUAACAAGAAACAGCGUAAUAUUGGCAAAUGGCAAAAAAUGUCAAAGCCACAUGCUUUCACAGUGUAUUACGUGAAGAAAGCCCGAAAUCACCGCUGGCGGUGCAGUGAUGUGACGUUUUGGUGUAGUGAUGAGCACUUGUGUAAUCAGUGGAUACAGGCGCUGAAACAAUUACUUGAAAUGCAGACAUCUAGACCAAAGCAGUUGCUUGUGUAUAUUAAUCCGUAUGGAGGAAAACGACAAGGGAAGAGGAUUUAUGAACAGAAAGUUGCUCCACUCUUCAGUCUGGCUUCUAUCUCCACUGAUGUUGUUAUAACUGAACAUGCUAACCAUGCUAAGGACAAUUUAUUUGAAGUUAAUAUUAAUAAAUAUGAUGGUGUUGUUUGUGUUGGUGGGGACGGCAUGUUCAGUGAAGUGAUGCAUGGUCUCAUUGGAAGAAUGCAGAAGGACUCUGGCAUAGACCAAAAUAAUCCCAAAGCACCAUUAGUCCAGUGCAAUAUAAGGAUUGGCAUACUCUUGAAAUUUCUUCUUAUUCAUAACUUCUUGAAUUUAGGCCUAAGU